AUGUCUGCUCUGGAUCUGCAACGGUCCUUGGAUACGAGCUGCAGGCGGACAGACAACAACAACAUGGACCAUUCAGAGGGGCGGAUGGCGUCUCCUCAUUUGCCAGCAGAUGAAGAUAUGAGUGAGUCUGCUGGACAAACCGUAAACCAGGUGGGAGCUCAAAGUCAGAUCCAGGACCAGAGGCAGUCCAGGAUGACAACAGUCGGCUGGGGGCUUCAGCAGCCGGCAGGAAACUCUUUGCAGCUAGACUUUCAGGACAGCAACUUGUCUCCAGCUCUCUGCCUCCUGCCUACAAACUACGGGGUGGACCACAACUCAACUGAAUAUUCUUUAUUCCAACAAAGUGACAUGGAAUUUGCUCCAUUAAGGGCAUACCCUGAUGUUUCCAUGGCAUCAGAGAAGUUUCACUUUCCGCCCCAGGAUUGCACCACUCAGACCCCUGAUCGUGGCUCAUUGUCCCAACACCCUUUGGCCCAAGCAACUAUCCUGUCUGAAGAAGAAACUGGUAGCAUAAGCUCUCUGUCCCAAAACAGUUUGUCACCACACGACGAAGGCAAACGAGGAGAAAUGGUUCGCUCCCCACAGAGUACCGCUGUUAAUGAAGGGCAGGGGACACCGUUCAGAGAUAACGCAGGUAGCAAAGAGACGGAUUCGGAGACACCAUCUGACCCUCCAAACAAGCUAGUGGAAGAGGCUCCUGAAGAUGACACCUUCUUUCUGAGUAAGAGCGUCCCUGCCCAGCAUCUUCUGGACAUCCUUCAGAGAGACAUCGGCAUGCCGAGCGGCAGCAGCAGCGCUUUAUCCUCCACCUCUGAGACCUCUGUAAAGAGAGGUGCCUCUUUUGGCAAACAGUCUAAAAGCACCAAAGUUAGCAAAACAAACAUUGAACACUACACCGUUACAAGAGAAGGUCCUCCAGGCGAAGCUUCUCUUCCUCAGCAGCAAACACAAAAACUUGAUCAAUCCCGAACGCUGUCAUGUGAGGUCAGUAACAUCACUAUGGGCUCCCGCAGCACUCAACCUGAUAACAGCAGUGAAGAGUUACGUAGAGAGCUGCUAUCCGAGACAGAGAGGGGAAACAGCUGUGAAGCUCAAUUUAAAAGACAACCACCGAAAAGUGCUGCACCUACACCUGGUGAACCACUCACACCGUAUCCCACGGAGACCUCGGAGUGCAAGCCAAGUGUGGCUAAAACAAAUCUGGGUGGCGCGCCGUGGACAGGGGCGUUUUCCACAGGUAUAGAACGGGGUCAUAGAGUUCACAACCUGUGGUCCUCAGGCAACCAAACAGGGAUCGAUGGGUCCUACCUGGGCUUCCUUCCACAGUCCCAGUCCACUCCAGGGGUUUUUAAAGCACCUUCCAAAUCCAGUGUCAAAGCUACAUUAGGGCAACUUUCUGCUAUACAGUCUAACAAAGAGAGCUCAUAUCAAUCAGGUACAGGGAUCUCUUCAGAGCCAGCUCCUCCUGUGACUGCUACCUCUCGCCCUGACACAGCAGAUCAGCGUCAAAGUGAACCCACCUCUGCAAAAGUCCACUCUCUCCCGAGUCUCAAUUAUAUGCAGAAAGUAGAUGCUUGGAGGGAAAAUCAGAGUUCAGGCAAGACGUCGCUGUUUGAUAGCUUGGCUCUGCAAGGAUUUUCUGGCGUCUCUCCUAAAAAGAAAGCUUGCGAUGCAGUAUCCGACACCCUCAAUCACAUCCUGACUCAGCAGGUAAGGAGUUCACAUCAGCCUCCUGGCGCAAGUGCUGCCAACCAAAGUGUAACACAGAACUCCUCCGCAGUUCAGUCUCCAAGACGAGGGGAGGCAGUUGGCAGUGCCCCCAGUGACAGGGAUAACAAUGGGUCUGCAACGCAACCCUCUGCUUCCCCCUUUGGCAGGUCACAGUCCCACUCCUCUAUCAGCACGGUUGUCAUGUCAGCCCAGAAACAACACACAGAGAGGGCUACAGGAAAAGAGCAGAAGAGUCAGACUCAGGACGACAGCCGUCAGCAGCCGAGCGCCACAGUUCAACCUGCGCCUCACUUGAACCUCGGCCAGUUCAGUGAUGUUUCUUUUGAUGCAGAUUUGAUGCCCUCGAGUUCCCUAGAUAGCUACAACAGUGGAGUUAAACUGGGGACUUCCAUCGGAGCUUCUUCUGUUGUCAGCUUAGAGGUCGAUAAUUACGUCCCUUACUGGACCUCCAAAAUGUCGACACCACCACCUCUACCCCGGCCUCGAGAGCUGAACAUUGAAGAACGAAUACCGUUGUAUCUUCAUAAUCUUGGUAUUGACCAGUCACCCUCAACAAUCCUGACUCCAUUUGUGCCUAGAGGGCCCAUCAGAGAGCCCGAAUUCUCUCCUACUGAUCUCUGUACGAUUAAAGGAUCAAGUGGAACGCCAACCAAGAGCACUCAACCGUCUGAAGCUGGUAGUCCCCAUAAAGGAGAGUUUUCCAGGUGCAGUGUUCUGUCAGUGGAGUCCAGUAUAUCUAUACCGUUCAGCAUGGACAGUCUCGGCCCAGCUGCAUCCGUUCCAGAGAAGACCAGGACCUCUCUGUCAUCUGAUACAGCAGCUGGUCAGAGCCACCGCAGACCGGCACCCUGCUCUCAGUCUGAUGAAGACUCUGUUUCCGCCACACUUCAAACCAAUCAGCUACAGCAGAGGGACAGCGGCUUAACCAGCAGCCAGACUACCGCCCAGCUGGGAGACAGGUUUGACUCGGACUUGUUGUUAGCUACCAAGGCUCGGUGCGUGGAUAGAGACCUGGGAGCGAGCCAUGGCCAGGAGCAAAGCGCAGAUGAUUCUUUCGUUGGAACAACAACCCUGCAGGAAAUCCGUAAACUUCUCUCUCAGGCAGAGAACGUGGUGUCUGCGAGAUCUUCAGGAGCCUCCUCAGCCCCCGCUGUGCCUCGUCUGCUUUCUGAUGACGACAUAUUCCUCUCACUGAGGAAGCAGUCUGGCAGACUCCAGGACUCCUCGUUCACCUCCUCCUCAUCUACUGCUGGAGAGCCCAGAACUCAGUCCCCCCUGCUAUGGGCCAGAUCCUCAUCUGACUCCAUGCUAACCUCAGCGAAACCAAGAGAAAGCUCUAUUGGUCAAGAGAGUAUGACCUCAUCAGGGCAACCAGGUUAUACAUCCACAAAGGUUCUCAUUACUGCACCUGGAUCAUACGUAGCGCCACAAACCAGCAGCGGUGGAGUUGGAGGUGCAGGUUUGUCCCUCCUUCUCGCCAAAUCAGCGCGGCGUGCAGAGCCUGAGGGCUGCAGUGCUGCUCCUCCUGACAACGCAGCUCCAAAGCAGCAGCCGCCAGUGAUCAACACCUCAACAGCUGCGAGCACACAGCAGCAGUCCUCCUCUACUCCUUCAGACACAGCUAGCAUACCAGAGGAGGAAAAACAGGCCACACGGGGUGCUGCUGUAGAGAGUAGCUCCUCCUCACCCGUCCACGAGGAGGACACUGAUCAGGGAGUGAUUAGUGAUGGGAGCAGCGAGGGCUCGCUGGCUAUCAGAGUGGCCAAGUUACUGCAGAGUGAGUCUCCAGCCACCAUGGUUUCCAGCACACCCAGUCUCACUGACCAAGAGGAGAGCAGAGCCAGAGAAUGGAUUAAACUGAAGAUAUCAGGACAGCAGUGUGAGCCUCUGGAGCUGGACAAAGAAGACAGGAAGCGGAUUGAGGAGAUCAAACGAGAGCUGCUGUUAAAACACCCGAUGAAGAGCCAAGGCAGCACAGACACAGAGAGCAGUGCAGCGUCCAGUGUUGGAGGCCUUAGGGCGCAGGAGCUGCUGCCCCGAGCUGCAGAGACAUUUAGCACCCUCAGAAAUGCUAAAAACCAGGCGUCCCAGCUGCUGCACCAUCUUGGCACGAUCCCCCCUUACCCCAGCGUGCAGCCUCAAGACUCCCUUCCCACAGAUCUGGAGACUCGUGUACGAGAAAUUGCCGCUAGAGAAGGUGUAACUCUCCCACGGACAAACGCUCAGUCCCUCACAUCCAUCACCAUUUCCAGCUGCAGGCGCUCCACUUCCCCUUCCUCCACCAUGUCCCCUGUACCUACUCUCAGUCCAGCCCCAGAGCCUCUCCAUCUGAACGAGCUCUCCACAGAAACAUUCAGACACCCUGCAGACAGGAAGUUUACCUACACUCUGAAUGAAGCAGAUAAGAAAGCUUCAGUGUUUGAACCAAGCAGUAGUCUCUACACCAGGAAACAAACCCUGACCUCUCUGUCAGCACCAGAGAAUCAGAGGAGACAAGACGCUGUAGGAGGCCAGCAUGAAGAACCUCUGCCACCCUCGCAGGGUUUAGAUGGAGAGGAUGAGACUUCCAGAGAUGAUAACUCACAAUAUUUCAAGCAGGAUGAUGAGUUAUCCAUCCAGGACAGCUCUGUUUCUGGUGUCGGAGCUAAACACGCCACAGUCUCAUCCAUCAAUGAAUCCCAAACAAGAACAGGUCACAUCUCUCAUGUUCAUCUCACUCUUUCACCCAAAUCUACUGAUCACAGCGUGGACGCUACUGUGCGCUCAAGUCAUGCUAACGCUGCUCCGAGGUCGCUGCACAACAUGUUCGUCCCUCUCAGACACUCUUCCCCAGCUAACAGCAGUCCGGAUGAAGGCGUCGGAUCAUGCAGUCCGCUCGAGUGGUACCAGAGCAGAGAGCAGAAAGGACGACAGCAGCCUGAAAGAGCCGACACCUCCACGCUCUACAAACCUGCUGCGUCUCAUGGAAGGACGAUGACUUCCACAUCCACACAGUCCUCCACAGUGCCACACACAGAGGAAGUGUCACCGAGAUCCUUAACCAAUGAAACACCAGCCGUACCCAUCCUGUUGCCGUAUAAACCUCAUGGCAGUGAGGAACUCUUCUACGUCCCUCAGACAGAAGUUGACGUCUCAUCAACUGGCACCACCAUGGAGAGCACCCACACAGGCUCAGACGACGCUGUGCCUCCAAGCUUCAGCAGUGAGGUUCUCGGACACCAAGACCCGGGUCUGGACCGCGGAGUAACCAUUAGACACACAGAAGGCAUCUACAGCAAGAGGCUGAAAACAACCACGUUCAAAAUGCAAGAACUCGGACACAGAGAUGGAAGCUCACAAACAACUCCAGCUCCAAAGCCGUCUCCUCAGGUAUCCGUCGCCUUCACCAGAGUGCCUUCAUCCAGCAAUCGAGUAACCUCCAGCACCAAGAUAGACCGGGGAACCAGUCCGGUCCAGUUCCUUAAUUAUAAUCAACCAGAGAGGAGCAGGGAGACAUUUCAGGACGUUUAUGUGGAAAUGGACCGUAGCAGGGUGAGCCAUCGCAGGUCAGAUCAUCAAAGGUCUGUUCCUCAAACGGGAGCAGAGCGAGAUCAGGAAAGGAGGGACGCUGACCUCCGACAGCAGAGCCUCAGCAAUCUGGAUCAGCUGUGGCAAACUUUCUGUGAGCAGUGGAGCGUGGAGGAGUCUCGUCCGACCAGUGACAGAGAAUCAUCGCUGCUGGAGAGGUUGGAGCGUCUGUCCCGUCUUAUUGGCAGCACCAGGGGCCCCAACAUGUCUGAGCUACAGACGGAGGAGCAACGACAUCCAGAGCAACAGCAAGAAUGGAGAGAAGAGGAGGCUGCUCUGACGAGGAAAGAAAGGAGGCACGAUGUUGGAGAGGUUAAGAGAGACAGACACAGAGAAAUGGAGAGAAAAACCAGCAGAAAUGUUCCUCAUCAGGUCUGGACUCAGAUGCGGCAGAUAGACGAAACUUCUGAACCCGUAGAGGAAGACAGCUGCGCCUCCCUCACAUCCAGCUUCUCCAACAAAUCCUCCCAGAGUCAGCACCUCAGAGACGAGUCAGAGACCUUGUCCACCGCGUCCGGCUCCAUGUCCACCGUGGACACGGCCCGGCUGAUCCGAGCCUUCGGAGCCGACAGAGUCCAGCACCUGAAGACGGGCUCCGGCCUCAGUAAACUGUACAGCACCAUCAACAAGCAGAAAGAAGAGAGGGAGCAGCGGAGAGGGAGAGACAAGAGUCCGGCUCACGUCAUCACUCUGAUAGAGACCAACGGCACUGAUGAAUCUACAGUCGCUGCAGAUUCAUCAUCUACCAGCACUUACACCCCCUCCUCUCACCACGGCCCCUCCAGAGGUCUGACAGCCAAGAGGACGAUUAAACUGGUCAGCAAAGGCAUCCAGGCGGGUGAUCUGGAGAUCGUCAGUAACGGGACUCGACGACACACCAGAGAUGUUGGAACCACGUUUCCUUCGCCUGGUGACGCCAGAGCUCUCAGACAGAUCUCAUCUUCACCAUCCAGCACAGAGAGAGGAAGAAGAGGGCAGAGGAGCCCCUCCAAGACUACAGGUUCACAAAAGCAAUCAAAGAGCAAAAAAACUCCAUCAAAACACACAGUAAACUACCCUGAAGGUGUUUCGUGGUUCAUCUCUGCUGAUAAUCUGAGAGCAGACACGAGGAAGGAGAACCGGCCGGAGGAAGAGGAGCUGGCUUGGAGGCGGAGUACGGCCUGGUUCGAGCCUCACAUGAGAACCUAUCCGUGGAGAGAACCGCUCCGACAGAGACAAGUCCACGAGGACAGAAACACACCGUCUGCUUUUACACAUCAUGCUGAAUCUGAUCCAGAUCCUGCAUCCAAAGUAACGUCCUCCCGUCUCAGACACGUCACUCUACAGGAUGCUCUGAAGAUGUAUCGUCCGGGGUUCAUCUCCCGGUCUUUGCGGAGGAUGGAGCUCUUGAGUCUGCAGGUGGAGGAGAGACGGCUACAGACCGUCUUCAGCAGAGAGAGAGACGAGCUCUUCAACUGGCCUCGGGGCCACGAGAGGCUCCAGAAGCCUGCAGGCACUGCUCUGCUCAGGAGGGCUGUUCCCAGGAAGGAGAUGAUCCAGAGGUCCAAACUGAUCUAUGAGAGUCUUCCAGAGGUGCAGAUAAAGAAAGAGGAGCAAAGAAGAAAAGCGGAGUAUCAAACCAACCGGCUGAACGCGCAACUUUACAACAAGAGAAUCACAAACCGCGUCCUCGGCAGAAGAACAGUCUGGCAGUGAUCAAACUUUUUACUGUAGAUAAAAUCAGUGAUGUAAAUGUCUUCUUUUUAAACUACCUACUUUAACAAACAUGAGCUUUUAAUUUAACAAACAUGAGCUUUUAAUUUAUAUGUAACAAAGUUUUUUUUAGUAAUUUUAAAGAUUAUGUAGAAAAUUCUAUUCAUAAAAUAAAUAUUUGGUAUCUUUUGACUUUUUUCUACUUUUACA